AUGGCAGGCAAGGCAUCGAUCGCGCUGUUCCUCGCCGUGAACCUGGUCGUCUUCUCCGUGGCCAGCGCGUGCGGGGGAAACUGCCCGACCCCGUCGACGCCCACCCCAUCGACGCCCACCCCGACCCCGGGCUCGCUCGGCAGGUGCCCACGCGACGCGCUGAAGGUGGGCGCGUGCGUCAACGCGCUGAACCUGGUCAAGGUCCAGGUGGGCAGGCCGACCGCGUUGCCGUGCUGCCCGCUGGUGGAUGGGCUCGUCGACGUCGAGGCGGCCCUGUGCCUCUGCACGGUGAUCAAUGCCAGCGUCCUCAGCAUCGUCAAGCUCAACCUCCCCAUCAACCUCAGCCUCAUCCUCAACCACUGCGGCAAGAAAGCGCCCACCGGGUUCAUGUGCUAA